UCCCACAGAGAAUGAACAAAGAGCUCUUCCAGGAUGAAGAGAGAGGCUAGAGAAGGAAGAUAAGAGAGAAAUAGACCCGAAGCAAGACUAGGCUGAGGAUCUGUGUGGUACUGGAGAGAGGAGAAGGAAAGAGGAGCCAUGUGGCACGUUAGUUGUUCUUUAAACCCUAAAGUGCUUCCGGAUGGGGUCCCUGCACGGACGACCAUGAAGAAAGGACUGGCUGGAGGAGUCAAAGGGAAGAGGAAGAUGUUCUCGUUUUCUUUACGAUGUCGGAUUGGAGUUAUCAGAGGAAGGGUUAAAGAAGAUGCCCCAUACACGAAGGGAAGCAAAGAUGUUGCAAGUGACAGCAGCAGCCUCAACAAGAGGAGCAGCAUAGCUGAUGAGCAGAGAGGUGUGACCACGGUGGAACUGAUUAAAAAAGAGGGCACCAGUCUCGGCCUCACGAUCUCCGGAGGUUGUGACAAGGACGGCAAGCCAAGAGUGUCAAACCUGAGACCAGGAGGUCUCGCGAUCCGGAGUGACCAGCUCAAUGUCGGGGACUAUAUAAAAUCAGUGAACGGGAUAAACCUGUCCAAACUCAGACAUGAUGAGAUCAUCAGCAUGCUGAAGAACAUCGGUGAGCGUGUGGUGCUGGAGGUGGAGUACGAGCUGCCGCCUUUCGCUCCCAGCAAUCACUGCAGCGUCAUCUCUAAAACUAUCGAAGUGUGCUUGGAGAAAGAAGGGAACAGCUUUGGCUUCGUUCUGAGAGGGGGCUUUCAUGAGGACUGGCAUAAGGCUCGACCUCUAGUAGUGACCUACGUCAGGCCCGGCGGACCCGCAGACAGAGAGGGAACCCUGCGAGCGGGCGACCGUGUGUUGAGCGUGAACGGUGUUGCUGUGAACAGACAGAAACAUGCUGACGCUCUGACCCUGAUCAUGCAGAGCAGCCAGGAGGCGUUCUUCCUCAUCGAGUACGACAUCAUGGUCAUGGACUCAGUCCAGAAAUCGUCUGGGCCGCUGCAGGUGGACAUCGCCCGCUCCGCAGGUUCAGUGCUGGGACUCAGUCUCACUACCUCCCUCUACAGGAACAAACAGGUCAUUACAAUCCAGAAAAUCAAGCCUGCUAGUGUUGCAGACAGAUGUGGUGCUUUGCAUGUGGGAGAUAUUCUCCUGGCUAUAGAUGGCAUGAGCACAGAGCACUGCUCUCUGAUGGAGGCUCAGCAGCUCCUGUCCAGCUCCUCAGAGCUCACCAAACUAGAGAUCCUGCCCUCUCAACACUGCUCACAUGACACAGUACGAGUCCAGAGGAGUAGUCAGCGUCAGUGGGACUCUAGUGAGAACUACACCUGCACUGCUCCACCUUUCCAAAAAACCUCCUCGGCCUGGAGUCACACCACCCCUACACCCUCACACCGAUCUGUGACGUCUGGCAUCUCUGCAAACACCUCAGGCUUUCACAGUUACAACUGUGGCACCCAGUCGACGUACCCCAGCACCUAUCCCAGCAACACCCUGCCCUCCUACCCAUCCAGCCCUCACUGCACCGUCACCAAGAGGAGACAAAGGAGAAGAGACCACAAGAGCUCCUUGUCUCUGGCGUCGAGUACGGUGGGCGCCGGUGGUCAGGUGGUGCAUAUAGAGACCAGUGAGGUGGUUCUGAGAGGAGAUCCUCUUACUGGAUUCGGCCUGCAGUUACAGGGGGGAGUGUUUGCUACUGAGCCGCUGUCAGCGCCUGCCUGCGUUCGCUUUAUAGAGCCUGACACACCUGCUGAAAGGUGUGGGGUGUUACAAGUUGGAGACAGAAUUCUUUCUAUUAAUGGAAUUCCCACUGAGGACGGAACACUGGAAGAGGCCAAUCAGCUGCUCCGAGAUGCAGCACUGGCCAAUAAGGUCACACUGGAGGUGGAGUUUGAUGUAGCAGAAUCAGUCAUUCCCAGCAGUGGCACAUUUCAGGUUAAAUUGCCCAAGAGACGUGGAGUGGAGCUGGGCAUUACGAUCAGUGCGAGCAAGAAGCCAGGAAAACCUUUGAUCAUCUCUGAGAUACAGAGAGGCAGUAUUGCACACAGAAUAGGAACCCUGGAGCCAGGUGAUCGUCUGCUGGCUAUUGAUAAUGUUCGGCUGGAUAAUUGUGGGAUGGAAGAAGCCAUGAUGGUCCUCCAGCAGGCCGAGGGGAUGGUCAAACUGCGGAUUCAGAAAGACGAAGACAACCUGGAUGAAUUAGAGUCGUCCGGUUCAGUCAUAUUCACAGUAGAGCUCAAGAGACAUGGAGGUCCUCUUGGAAUCACCAUUUCAGGCACUGAAGAGCCCUUCAAUCCCAUCCUGAUCUCCAGCCUGACCCGCAACGGCCUCGCGCACAGGACUGGUGCUCUUCAUAUCGGUGACCGUGUUUUGGCCAUCAAUAACAUGAGUCUCAAGGGAAAACCUCUGAGCGAGGCCAUCCACCUGCUGCAGACCGCCGGAGACACGGUUACACUCAAGAUCAAGAAGCGAUCCGAGCCACUUUUGGAGUCGGACAGGGGCAGUCCGUCCAGGACGGCCUCGUGCGUGAGCGACAUGGAAGACGAUCGCUCAGAUUCUCUCAGGAGAGGAAAAUACUCUGAACUUCAUCGCCUGAACACACCGCCCAGUCUGGAUUCAGCCAUGGACUCGUGGGAUAGUUCGGCCCUAGAUGCCGGCUACGGAAGUCAAGGUGUCUAUAUUCAUAGGGCAUCUGAUUUCACUCUUCAUCCCAAUGACUGGAGACAGACCAAUCACAGGAGCCCGCUGACCUCCAGAAGACACGCCCACCAUCCUGCAAUGUAUGAUGGGAGGCUGGGCGAGGAGGACUGGACAUACUCUGGGCCACUAUAAUGUCAGGCAGCACGCUGAGUUUGGGAGAAGACAGCGAGAAGCAGAAUGAAAGCCGGACCAAAGCUCUCACACU